AUGGCGGCGGCGGCGUUGCUGCUGCUGCUGCUGGCGGCGGCAGGGCCUGGGCCCGGGCGGGCGGACGCGGUGCGGGAGCGGCGGGAUGCGCUGCGGGAGGAGCUGCUGCUGAGCCCGCUGCCCACCGGCGAUGUGGCCGCCACCUUCCAGUUCCGCACGCGCUGGGACGCGGACCUGCAGCGGGGCGCAGUCUCUCACUACAGGCUUUUCCCGAAGGCGCUGGGGCGACUGGUGGCAGCGCUGGGCGUGCGGGAGCUGCACCUCGCGCUCACCCAGGGCUUCUGGCGCACCCGCUACUGGGGGCAGCCGCCCCUCCAGGCACCCGCUGGCGCUGAGCUCUGGGUCUGGUUCCAGCCCACGGUCACCGAUGUUGACAAAGCCUGGAAAGAACUGAGUAAUAUCCUUUCGGGAAUAUUCUGUGCUUCUCUCAACUUCAUUGACUCGACCAACACAGUGAUUCCAACAGCAUCCUUCAAACCCCUGGGUUUAGCCAAUGGGACAGAUCACCAUCUCCUGCGUUAUGCUGUCCUGCCCCGGGAAGUCGUCUGCACAGAGAACCUCACCCCUUGGAAGAAGCUUCUGCCAUGUGGCUCAAAGGCCGGGCUGGCUGUGCUGCUGAAGGCUGAGCGCCUGUUCCACAGCAGCUACCACUCUCAGGCAGUGCACAUCCGCCCCAUCUGCAGGGAUGCCUCCUGCCUGGCUGUGUCCUGGGAGCUCAGACAGACCCUCACUGUGGUCUUUGACUUCUUUUCCAGUGGCCAAGGAAAGAAAGACUGGUCCCUCUUUAAGAUGUUCUCUCGCACACUGACUGACACGUGUCCUCUGGCAUCGCAGAGCAAAGUCUAUGUUGACAUUUCCCCUAAGAACAAGGAAAAGGAGCUACUGGAAGUGUCCCCCCCUCCAACAUCAGUACACGAAGCUGUUGUCCAGGGAGACAGGAAAACCUAUGCUGUCUAUGACCUGCUGAGCCCCUCGCUCUUCAACACAUCUCGCAGCCUCAAUGUGCAGCUGAAGUGGAAGCGGCCCCAAGACAGCUCUGAAAUGCCCAUUCCCACACUCCAUGCUCACCGUUACGUGGGGGGGUACGGGCUGCAGACCGGGGAGAUCUGCACCCUCAUCUACAAUACCCACCCAUACCGAGCCUUCCCCGUGAUCCUGCUGGAGACUGUGCCCUGGUACCUGCGCCUCUACGUGCACACCCUGACCAUCAUCACCAAAGGGAAGGAAAACAAGCCCAGUUACAUCCACUACCAGCCAGCCCAGGACCGGAGACGGCCUCACCUCUUGGAAAUGCUGAUCCAGCUGCCAGCCAACUCUGUCACCAAGAUCACAAUCCAGUUUGAGAGGGCCUUACUGAAGUGGACAGAGUACCCACCUGACCCCAAUCAUGGCUUUUAUGUUGGUUCAUCUGUGCUCAGUGCCCUGGUGCCCAGUGUCACUGCAAUGAAGGACAUGGAUGUGGAGCAGAGCCCUCUCUUCACCUCACUGUUUCCUUCCUCUGAUGGCUCCAGCUAUUUUGUGCGCCUGUACACAGAGCCGCUGCUGGUGAACCUGCCAACACCAGACUUCAGCAUGCCCUACAACGUCAUCUGCCUCACCUGCACCGUGGUGGCCGUGUGCUACGGCUCCUUCUACAACCUGCUGACCAGAACGUUCCACGUGGAGGAGCCCAGCCGGGGUGGGCUGGCCAAGCGACUGGCCAACGUCAUCCGAAAAUUCAGGGGGGUGCCCCCACUCUGAGAGGAGCCAGGGCAGCCAGCACUGCCUGCAGGGCUCUCUGGGGAGACACACAGCAGAGUACUGCUACCUCUUGUCUUGCUGGAAGCAGCUUGUUCUGUUUUGCUGCCAGGAAUUCUCUUUGGGAUCCAAUAAGCUGAGAGAUCACUUCCAUUGCUAAGAUGGGAAAUGGCUCUAAGCCCAUUGACUACUGAACUGCACUGCUGUGGGACUGGGAAAAGUAAAAGACUUCUGUUGGGAAAGGUGUGACUUACAUGCUGGGAAUGGUGCUGGAAGUAAACUGGGGUGUUUUGUA